AUGGAGGAUAUCGAAGAAAAUAUUGAACAAAAUUUAGAAAAUAAGGAAUUGGAUGAUUAUAAAUUGAAAGAGAAUGAAUUAGAAAAGAAUGAAUCAGAGGAGGAUGAAUCAGAGGAGAAUGAAUCAGAAGAGGAUGAAUCAGAGAAGGAUGAAUUAGAGCAGAAUGAAUCAGAGCAGGAUGAAUUAGAGGAGGAUGAAUUAGAGGAGGAUGAAUUGGAGGAGGAUGAAUUAGAGGAGGAUAAAUUAGAGGAGAAUGAAUCAGAAAGUAGUGAAAAAAUAAAUUUUGAAUCAGAAAAGAAUUUUGAUAAUGUUGAAUUUAAUA